UACUGUUCGUGUUCUCUCAAACCGUUUGGAUUUAAGAGGAAGUGGUUUCCCUGUGCUGGAUUUAAACAUUGAAACAUCGUAAAAAUAUCAUUUGCGGCUAGGUCGAAAAGUGGCUUAUCGCGUGAGAUUGUCUACUCUCCUGCGGUGUUCCAGACAGAUUAUGAGUACGCAGUACGAGUCAAUAGUGAAAUCACCGAUGCUGGUGAAAAAAAGAGACUAUACGUGGUGGAUGGCUUCCAGUAUGGCGUCAUUGGUCCUACUCAUGAUGGUUCUAUACGGUACACAUCAGCCAUGCAGCGCCAGCCUUCGACAUGAGUACCGGUUGCACGGCAGACCCCUAUAUAAACUAGACUUGAGCUGGCCCAAGAACAAUGAGCUUUUCACCGGAGAAGUGUUUGGUGUGGCUGUCAACCCAUAUGCUGGUGUGGUGUAUGUGGCACAGAGAGGACCGCCACUGCUGAGUGACAAUGUGCCCAAGGUGAUGGUGUUCACCACAGAUGGAGAUUUCCUCCUUUCCUGGAACACAACUACUCUCGAGAUGCCUCAUGGAAUAUUUUUAGCAGGUGCAGCCUCAUCAAAUCCCACUGUGUGGAUCACAGAUGUGGGGAAUGGCCCAUUUGGCCACUGCAUCAAACAGUACUUACCAUCAGGGAGGCUUCUACAGGUUAUUGGUACACCAGGGAAAGCAGGCUCAGGAUUGGACCCUCUGCAGUUUGACCAGCCAGCUGAGAUCUUUGUUCACGACUCUGGGGAAGUGUAUAUUGUAGAUGGUGAUGGUGGGAUAAACAACCGCCUAAUCAAGCUGUCCAAAGAACUGGAGGUGCUGUGGAUCCACGGAGGAAAAGGACAAGGCCUGGCACACUUCUACAUCCCCCACAGUGUUACUGUGGACAAUACCCAGAGGGUGUGGGUGGCAGACAGGGGAAACAAGAGGAUCCAGGUUUUUAAUUCCAUCACUGGGGAAUGGCUUGGGGUAUGGGGAAGCUGCUUCACAGAGGAUGCACCCUUCUCAAUCCGCCUGACCCCAGACAAGAAAUACUUUAUUGUUGUCCAGCUCAAUACCAAUCAGAUAUUACUGUUGAAUGCCCCACCGGUGGGUUUGAUUGGGCAAUGCAGAGUGGUCAGUGUGAUCCAGCUGGCCGAUGAGGUGAAGCCACACCUAUUAGACCUGGACCUGAAGACUGGGGCACUGUACGUGGCUGAGAUAGGAGCGAAACAGGCUCAGAAGUUUACCCGCUUCAAUCUGGGUGGAAGGUUUUUGUAGAGUCACUCUGGGUUUUAACUGAAGAAUUUAAAUGUCAUGAUUCAAAUGGCGAAAACUGCUCCAGAUGCGACAAAACGAAUGAUCGCACUAUAUCAUUCAUAAUACAGGAUGGAAUAUAAGCAGAGCAUUUCCUUGCAAUCGCAAUGCCCUUUCCCAUCUUCAACACAAUGACCAGGACAAUAAAUCAUCUAAUUUAAUACCUGCAUGCUUAGCUCUGCCCCUCUGAUGCAUCAGAGAUCUCAAGUCCUUGCAGUAUUCAAGCACAUAAAAGCAGGUUUCACCCACAAAACAGAGAUACUGUCAUUUGUUAUAAGACAACCAUUCACACUCAUAUCUGUAGCCAAUUUAGAACAGUUAACCUAACAAGCAUGUCUUCAGACGGUGGGAGGAAGUCGGAAUAUCUAACCUGAAAAUAUUUUUUUUUAUUAGUUUUAGGACCUCAUCAUUCAAAGAUAAACAAAUCGUAUCCAUUAAAACAUGAUGCAAUUACUAUUAGGAUUUUGGCCAGGUAAGCUAUGACAAAAUAUAUUAAUUUAAAACAUUUUACAAUUCUGGUUUUGAUGUCCUCUGCUGCUACAUACCAAAUUAAUGUUGUUUAGCAUUAUGGAUUCGGAUGGAUUCCACGUGUAUAAUUUCAAUAAGUACCUUAACGAUAUCCAUCCUUAUCGGUUGAUGUUACCGAGGUGUAACCAUCCUGUCAAGUUUUGACACCUUGAAAAUCUGACUGGAUAGUCACGCCUCCCGCUGCUGUCCGCCUCUCCAGGACCCUGCUCUAUUUGUGCGAGAGCAUGAAGGCCCCCUUGUCCUGGAGCCCCACUUCCUGAUCUCAUUUACAUCUCUGAUCCAAUGUCUACUCUGCAGAUGACUCUGGCCUUGUCCCAGUCCACAAUAUGGUUUUCUCUUUUCCAGUGGUCGAUUAUGGCUGAUUUGUAGUUGUAUUUCACUUGUCUUUUUUUCCUCUCGUUCUCACAUUCGUUUUUAUGUUUUUGGUUUCGUGAAACUUCUCCCUGUCUACCCCGAUGUAUAUCUUAUUGCACGACUGACAUUGUCAUAUAUGGCAUUUCUUUAUUUGUUUAGUUCAAUUCUGUCAUUGGAGUGUACAAGUAUUUGCUGUAGUUUUGCUUAUGUUGUGUUUUCUCAUGGCAAUCUGGAGGUGUUCGGUGACAUAUGGUAGCAUCACCUGUCUGUUUUGUUGCCGUGUCUGUUUUCCCCCCUUGUAUGUUCUGUUUUGUUGUUUUCUCUAGUGCUUCCUCUUAUCAAUAAUGGCCCAGCUCUAAGGUGUCCAAAAAAAAAAAUAAUCCAUCAAAAUCAAAGUUGCUAUUGAUCAUUGACAUGUCCAGUGCUUUAAUAAUUUCCCCAAGAAAAAUCCACUUUGCAUUUCGAUUAUUGAAAAUAUUUCAAUAUUUUUUAUUUUAUUUUUUUCGAAAAAUUUGUGGUGCCAUCACAAACACUGGCAUAUAAAGGGUUAAAAUUCAGAAAUUAAUCGAACUUUUGCUGUUGGUGAUUAGUAGAAUGUUUUAUGUAAAAAAGAAAAUUACCUUAAUGGUAACAACGUAACAAUUUAGGUUACACAGUGUAAAAGGAACAUUAUGGGAUUUGAGUUUGAAAUAAAAUUUUCUUUAAAAAAAAAUCACCUUUGGCAAAAAGAACUACCACGAUGUUAACAAAAAAAUAAAUAAAAUUGAAAAGGA